UUUUAACUAGAUUGUUAAAUUAACUGAGGUUUCUUAGCUAGAGAGGAGCAAUCUUCACAAGUCAAUCAAACUGUUGUAUGUGCCGUAUGUCAUUCAUUCCCGUGAGCAGUCAGCAGCGUAUCUAUCCUUGUGUUUGUCCAUCAGAAUGAUAAGAAGAACGCGCUCUUCCAGGGGCAUGGAGUUGAGUUGUGUCUUCAUCAUUCUCUCCAGCUGCUGCCUCCUGUGCGUCCGCUCUCACGGAGAGCCAGAUCACCAGGCACCGACUCCGGACUCUACUCACAUUCAAGGUGGUCAUGGUCAUGGUCGUCUCGAUAGAAAUAUGAUCCAAGACAAAAACCACAUUAUGGAGCACCUGGAGGGGGUGAUCGAUAAGCCAGAGACGGAGAUGUCUCCACAGGAGCUGCAGCUGCACUACUUCAAGAUGCACGACUACGACGGCAACAACCUGCUGGACGGGCUAGAACUGGCCACCGCCAUCACACACGUGCACAAAGAGGAAAGAGGUGAGAACACCCAACCAAUGAAAGAAGAGGACCUGAUAAAUCUGAUCGAUGACGUGCUGAGGGAUGAUGACAAGAACAACGACGGCUACAUAGACUAUAUCGAGUUUGCCAAGUCACUCGAAUAGAGCGGUCCCUAAGUAACAGACGACCCCAGACACCCUCUCUUCCUCUCUCGCUGUCUCUCUCUCUCUCUC